AUGGGCAAAGACGACGAACCCAGAACUUACCGCUACAAUGAGACUCCCGUCUACACCACGUCCACCGGCUGUCCGGUCAUGGACCCCCAGGCUGCCCAGCGCGUUGGCCGUAACGGACCUCUCCUCCUUCAGGACUUCCACUUGAUCGACCUGCUCGCCCAUUUUGACCGUGAAAGAAUCCCCGAACGUGUUGUGCAUGCCAAGGGUGCUGGCGCCUAUGGUGAAUUCGAGGUUACGGACGACAUUAGCGACAUCACUGUCGUCGACAUGCUCAAAGGAGUGGGUAAGAAGACCAAGAUGUUCACGCGGUUCUCGACUGUUGGUGGCGAGAAGGGUUCCCCAGACAGUGCCCGGGAUCCUCGUGGGUUUGCCAUGAAGUUUUACACAGAGGAGGGUAACUGGGACUGGGUUUUCAACAACACUCCCGUCUUCUUCCUGCGCGAUCCCGCCAAGUUCCCCAUCUUCAUCCACACCCAGAAGCGCAACCCGCAAACCAACCUUAAAGAUGCCACCAUGUUCUGGGACUACCUCUCGACGCACCAAGAGGCCGUCCACCAAGUGAUGCACCUCUUCAGUGACCGUGGUACCCCCUACUCUUACCGCCACAUGAACGGCUACUCAGGCCACACUUACAAGUGGACCAAGCCCGACGGCACCUUCAACUACGUCCAGAUUCACUGCAAGACAGACCAGGGCAACAAGACCUUCACCGACGAGGAAGCCGGCAACCUCGCCGCUGGAAACCCCGACUGGCACACCCAGGACCUCUUCGACGCCAUCCAGCGCGGCGAGAACCCCUCCUGGACGUGCUACGUCCAAGUCCUCUCCCCCGAACAGGCCGAGAAGUUCCGCUGGAACAUCUUCGACCUCACCAAGGUCUGGCCGCAGUCCGAAGUGCCCCUCCGCCGCUUCGGAAAGUUCACCCUCAACCGUAACCCCCAGAACUACUUCGCAGAGGUCGAGCAGGCCGCCUUCUCGCCUUCCCACAUGGUCCCCGGUGUCGAGCCUUCCGCAGACCCCGUCCUCCAGUCCCGUCUCUUCUCCUAUCCUGAUACCCACCGCCACCGUCUCGGCGGUAACAACGAGCAGAUCCCCGUUAACUGCCCACUCAAGUCCUUCAGUCCCUGGCACCGCGACGGCUACAUGAACGUCCAAGGCAACUACGGCGCCAACCCGAAUUACCCCUCUACCUUCCGUCCUCUGCAGUACAAGCCCGUCAAGGCCUCCCAAGAACACGAGAAGUGGGUUGGUGCUGUCGUUACAGAGCAGCUUCCUGUUACUGAGGAGGACUACGUCCAGGCCAAUGGUCUCUGGCAGGUCCUUGGCCGCCAGCCCGGUCAGCAGGAUAACUUCGUCAAAAACGUCUCUGGUCAUUUGUGUAACGCUCAUCCGCGCGUGCGUAAGCAGACGUACGAGAUGUUCAGCCGUGUUAACUUGGACCUUGGUGCUCGGAUUGAAAAAGCUACUGAGGCUAAGACUGCCGAUACCAAGUCUGCUCGUCUGUAG